UGGUCCCAACAUGUUGAAACAGAGAUAUAUCUCUUUCUCAUUUCGUAACGUCCAGUCCCCCUCACUGCGCAAGUGCACAAUUUUACUGACCUAACAAAACCUAACCAAUCUAACGCGAAACGUGAGUUAUACGAAGACCAAUGAAGACUGGAGAAAUUCGAUUGGAGGCAACCGUUGUUAUGAUGUAGUGCGCGCGUACGCAGUGAGAAGAAUUGUACGUUACGAACGAAGAGAAAGACUUAUCUCUGUCUUAACAUGUUGGAGCUACUUUCCACUCAUUGCUAGAGUAGGCUAUUCCCCUUCCAGGAUUCUGUGCAGUACCGAAAAAGGUAACAGAAUGAAACACAUAACUUCCCUUCUGGACUUGCUUUCAAGCAGGCCGACAUUUGGGAGUUAAAAAUCAAUUGCUGAUUAACAGUAGCUUUAGAACCACUCAAUUUUAGUUGAGUUGUAUAGUUAGGUAGUUAUUCAUUCCUCAUAUAAAACACUGAACUAUACUCAAUAUGGAAUACGCCCAUAGUUAGUAAAAGUGCGAGCCGAGAGAGAUAGCCCUGGAACUUGGAGAUAGCAUUCUUAUAGUGGGAUCCAUCUUUUUUUCUAAGCGUUUUAGCCAAUGAGGUUCCUAGACUUGGCGUCUCGUUUCCAUAGAUACCGUACCAGACAGGAGCGUACAUACCACCUUACAACCUAUCAUCUCUGAAAUGCACCGGUGCCCUUUUGUAGAUGCUUUCUUGUUACAACUUGCAAUGAACACGUGGAUAGUGAGGUUCAACAAUAUUUGUGAGGUUUGAUAUAUCCACAAAAAUGGUGAAAUCGUGUUAUAUUAAAUCGUGUAAGCAAGAGUGGCGGCCUAACAGCACCAUUUCAUUUCACAGAUAAAAGGAUUAUCAAAUGAUUUUUUCAUUGAAAAUUCUGUAAAUUGACAGUCAUAAAAUUAUAAUGUCACUUUUUUGUGAGAAAUUGUGCUCUGUAUUAUUAUUGGAGCACUUUGGACCUAUAGUUCAAUCAGUUGGAGAUGACUUAUUUAAACAUGGUGCAAAGUCUCUAGGAUUUAUUCGAGCUACAACAGGAUUACCUUUGCCAAAGGUCAAAGAAGCAUUAUGUGUUCUUUUGCAAUAUGGCUUUGCUAUACAUCGGCAGACUGAGAAAGGAAUACAAUAUCACUUCCUUCCUGAUAAGGUUAUAACCAUCUUACGAUACCCAAGGUAUAUGUUUUUUGCUAAAAAAUUUUGUGGGGAUGAAGCAGAAAUGAUGUUAGAAGAAGUAUUGAAAAGAGGAUAUGAAACCGCAUCUCAAAUUAUAAUCAAAACGUUUCAUAGAUUGGAACAGCAUCGUUCCGAACAUCAGUCAUCUCUUUCCAUGCUGAAGGACAAAUUUGAGUUAUUAGUGAAGAAUCAAUUUUUGACACGCAGUAUAUGUACAGAAACCAUGGAUGAAGGUCCUGCUGAGAAAAUCGAAUGCAAUGUGCCAGAUUUAAAUAUGCAGGCUAUGGCUCAAAUAAUGCAAGGUAACACUGAUGAUCCUGGUGAUAAUAAAAUAUAUUGGAGAGUUAAUCUUGAUAGAUUCGAACAAGACCUUAGAGAUCAAAUCAUGGUAUCUGCAAUAACCAAAAGAGUGGAUGAAAAUGCUGGAGAAUUAAUGAGGCAAUUACUGUUUCUAAUGUACUUACGUACAGCAUCAUGGGCUGACACCUCAAAUCCUAUACCAUACAGUGAAAUAAAAGAAGCUGUACGAAAAAUAAAUUAUCCGUUACUCGUUCAAUAUCUAGAUCAAUAUUUGAGGCUUCUCGAGGAAGAUUCUAGUCAAUUUUUAAAACGCGUGGGCGAUUCAGGAGGCGGCCAAUUUAGUAUCAACACGAAGGAAGCUUUCAGUCAACUGGCUUGGACGACCGUAGAAAAUAUUGUAAUGGAGAGGUUUGGCUCUAAAGCUGCCAGAAUAUUUAGGUUGGUCCGUUCCCGGAAAUACGUAGAACAAGAACAAAUUCAACAGUUAGCGAUGAUCCCGGCGAAAGAAGCAAAGCAUUUAACUUACACUUUAUUACAAGAAAAUUAUUUACAGAUGCAAGAAUUAAAGAAAGCAGGAGCCUCCGCUGCUCCGACAAAGACAUUUUUCUUAUUUUACAUUGAUUUAAAUCAGGUUGUACGUAUGGAAAUAGAACACUGCUACCACGCACUUUACAAUACGAUACAACGACGAGAACAGGAAUCCGCGAGUAACAAGAGAAUGAUAGAUAAACAAUUAAGAAUACAAACGUUGACGAGUAAUUUAAAGGAACACGGUGCUACGGAAGAGCAACUAGCCGAGAUCGUUGAAAUGAUGACACCGUCAGAAAAAUUGCAGCUUGAGAAAGUACAAAAUACAAUAAAGAAACUAGGAGGUAGUGAAUUGCAAAUAGACGAAACCUUAUUUUUAUUAACCAUGUAUUUGCAUUAUCAUUAAAUAAAAUUCAC